CGUUUAACCUUGCUGCAACUUGCUGCAUUAGCUUAGAAGCGAGACCAAUCUCGUGCAUAUAAAACGAGACAUGGCAUUCGAUCAGUCUCUGCAAGAAGCUAGCUAGCUGCUGCUGCUGACUCACAUCACAAGAUGACAAGAGAAGAGCACGUAGUUGUUCCUGCCAUUUGAGCAGUUGUCAGUCGAGCUCGAGCUGGAGGAGCCUAUAGGGCGCGUAGCAGAGAAUUGAGCCAGCUUAGCGGCACCGAGGAGUGAGGUUUUGGCUUCUCUUCUUGGGCAGUAGUUCUCGUGUGCCCUGGCGGCUAUGUGGGGCGGCGUGCUGUCGCUGGUGCGGCAAGGCCUGAUCAGGCGCCGGCCGAGGCGGCGGACGACCGCGCGGGUGGUGGACGAGAGCGCGCUCGGCGAAGCCGCCGCGGAGGCCGGCGACGUGGCGGCGCGCGGAGCUACCGCGGCGGCACCAGGCGCGCAGCUGGCCAGGGCGGUCCUGGCGAUGGCGCGGGGCGCCGUCGUCCGCCUCGACGGCGGCCGCCGCGGCGCGGAGGAGGCGUGGGCGGCGGCGAGCGGGUGGCGCCCGGCGCGCGCGGCCGACGAGGUCGGCCACCUCAUGGUGCGCGAGAGCCUGCGCUACGUCAUCUACGCGUGACGCUGGCGUCGUAUGUGCAGGAGCAGUUCGUAUAUUAUUGCUCGUUCCGUGAUUAACCGUAUCUUGCACCAGCAGUUAUAUAGCACUGUCGUCGCCAUCAAGUUACUCUGCUCUGUGCAUGAUUACUGAUUCCGUAGUAGUUCUUUCGUGGUUGGAUGCGCGUGGCACGAUGUAAUUGCUAAACCGAUGAAACCGGUCUAUGGUUCGUCAGCUCGGAUUAAUCAAAGCAAGUCCCCCUUCUCCGGUUCUCCCGA